AUGACACCUGAUUUAUUUAUAUUUAACUGAUACGUGGUAUAAAAAUACCCCAUAACACCAGAGCUCUUACAGUACGUACUCGUCACUCUGCAAGACUGGUCAAUAAAGAUGCUGUCUUCACGUGCAGCGGUCCGUGGUCUCCAGCUGUUCACCUGGAGGAGUCUGUCAACUUCAACCUGUUUGCAGGAAGCUCACGGAAAAGAGAUAGCCACAAGCUCCAUUGACUGUUCCCAGCCACAGUACAACGAUCGUCUAGACACGCCACUCCCUGACAUCCCUUACGUUACAAAAUUCAACACCGAGCAGAGCAAACUGAAAGAAAAGGAGAAGGGACCAUGGACCCAGCUGUCUAAAGAGGAGAAGCUUGCAUUGUAUCGCCUGAGCCAUAGGCAAACUUUUGCAGAGAUGAAGAAGGGAUCAUCUGAGUGGAAGACAGUGGUGGGGGGCAUGUUCUUCUUCCUCGGAUUCACUGGGCUUGUGAUCUGGUGGCAACGUGUGUUUGUGUUUGGUAAACCACCGCACACCCUGUCUGAGGAGUGGGUUGCUAUGCAGACUCAGAGAAUGAUUGACAUGAGGGUGAAUCCUAUCUCAGGGUUCUCUUCUGAAUGGGAUUACAACACCAAACAGUGGAAAAAGUAAUCGAGGAUCCAGUAACUCACCUCCUGUUUACUAGCCAUUUUUAGUGAACAAAAUGGCUUGUGUUACAAGCAUUGUACCAGUCUGCUUGUUGUUUUGACCUUUACACAGAAUAAUAAAGAUUUGAAAAGUUA